AUGCUUCUAAGACGGUUACUGACCUGGAAGCCCCAGCAAGGCUAUUCCUUCAAAUGUGGGCUUGAGAUUCACACUCAGCUAAAAACAAAGUUCAAGCUUUUUUCGCUUUCCAAGAACGAUCCAGAUUCCCUCCAAACACCAAUGCUAGUUACUUCGACUAUGGCCUUCCAGGAACAGGCUUUGCUUUUAGCACUUAAGGCUGCCACUGCAUUGAACUCCAAUAUCAGUGAAUUGUGUCAUUUUGACCGUAAACACUACUUCUACCUCGAUCAACCAAUGGGGUACCAGUUGACACAGCAUCAUCGGCCAUUGGCCAAAGGUGGGCAAUUGCACUUGACCAAGAAGUACGAUAAUGUCAGUGAAGACCACACUAUACGAAUUGACCAGAUUCAGCUUGAGCAAGACACUGGAAAGUUGAACUACAACGAGUACGAUGAAGCAAUCACUGUGGACCUUAAUAGAGCAAACGUGCCACUUAUCGAGCUAGUCACUGAGCCUGACUUUAAGAAUAUUGAGCAGGUGAAAUCAUUCGUUAGAAAGUACUUGACCUUGAUGUCUCACUUGGGAGUCUGCUCUGGAGAUAUGGAGAAGGGCGCCAUGAGAUGCGAUGUGAAUAUAUCUGUCAACGGAGGAAAGAGAGUGGAAGUCAAGAAUUUGGGUUCUACUUCUGAAAUUGUGGCUGCGGCUACCUAUGAGUACAAUAGACAAGUGGAGCAUUUGAAGACGUCGGACGAGCCCAUCAUUCAGGAAACCAGGGCCUGGGACGGUAAAGCCACUCACAGAAGAAGAGACAAGGAAGAUGCAAACGACUACAGAUACAUGCCCGAUACAGAGAUUCCUGGCAUUUUCCUCUCCCCUCAGAUUGGUGAAGAGAUUCGAGCAAUUCUUCCAGAAUUGCCAGAGGAAAUCUUGGACAAGCUUACCACUGAGCCAUACUGUCUUGAAAUCAAGCAUGCUCGUUUCCUUGUUGACAAUGUGGAUAUCCUCAAGUACUACCUUGACUUGUAUGAGUACGGAUGCAUUGGAGCCAUGCUUGACAUCAAGACAGUCAACAACUGGCUCCUCCACGAAUUGUUAGGUGCAUUCCACAAGUUGGAAGUUCCUUUCGACCGCACAGCCAUCAGUCCCAGAAGCUUGACUGAAUUGAUGGUCAUGGUAAAGAAGGAGGAGAUCACAUUUUCCUCGGCUAAGCUUUUGUUGUUACAGCUUUUACAGUUAGAGCCUAAGGAAAGGAGUCUUCCAAUGCAAGAGUUGGUUGACAAGUACGAUUUGGGCUCUGCCAACAGCGCCUCCACUAAAGAUUUGGAUGAGGCCAUUACUGAGAUCUGUCAAGAUAUCAUCUCUUCUAAUCCAGACGUGGUUGAAAGGAUACAGAACGGAAAAGCCAACUCCAUUAAUCACCUUAUUGGGAAAGGUCAAUUCAAAAGAGUUUGA